UGGCCAAUCAGGAAGCGCGUCUCAUCGCACGUCGAAAUGUACCAUUUCUUUCUGGGCUUCUCCGGCGGCGGCGUCUCCGCUUCCGUCAAUUUUUGAGAAAUUGGUUCCGCUUUCCGAUGCUCAACGAGUUUGUUUGGUGAAAAACGAAGUCGCGAACGCAAUGCAAAGCCGGUCAUAACAGCGAACCGCUGCGCAUACAAGACGCAACGCUUGGUUUCGAGAAGCAGUUCUUCAACGUGCUACUGGGCCAGCUGCGCUAGGCACUUCGAAAACACCUGCACUCUCACGCGCGCUGAGGUCCAAUAAACCGGACCCUGUGGCGGGAUACAGCCAUCCGAAAUGACUGAGCAGCAAGCUUCGGCCGACAUCGUCGCGGAGCUUUUGGAAGUUGCCAUCCACAACAUCCUGUACUCGAGGAAGCUGUAUCCGGAAGAGAUGUUCCAGAAAUCGUGGAAGUACAACAUCGCUGUACAUCUGGCUUCACAUCCCCAGAUUGUGGACUACAUUGACAGCUGUGUGAUGACAAUGCACAAGUUGCUCCAACGAAACGAGCUUCGCAAGAUGGUUGUACACGUUACGGAUGCUAACCACAGGCCCCUGGAACAAUUUGUUUUCGAGGUCACCGUCCCAGUUGAAGGGUGCUCGACUCGAUCGAAUAUCUCCAGGCGGCAGAAAGAAGAGGAAGACUCGUACUUGCUGGACGUGGAAGCGGCAGCACGAGCCAUUUGUCUCAAGGUGACUUCGUGCGACUCCGUCUUGCAAGACAAUCCUCAAGGGUGUUCCUUUAGCAUCCAGCUACACGUUGCAGAAAGCACAGCCAUGAGGCUUUCGUUGAGCGACGAUCCCGAUGACCAGUCAUUUCCCUGGAUAGAGGCAGAUGACAAGGACAUCGACAUACCUGGGGGAAGCAUAGUGCCUCUCAAGUGUGCUAACACGACCGUCGGAAAGGUGCAGCUCUACGUUGUGGAGAGUGAUGUCAAAAAGUCGUCAUCUUCUUGACAUCAGUAUGCUUAUAUGUGUUCACAAGAAUUUUUCACAUUACUUCAGACAGUGAAAAAGUGGUAUCACUGUUCGAGCAACCCCGUAAAUUAUUAUGUAAAUAAAACAUUAGUACUGCGGCAAGAUGCCCGAGGUCUCCUGUGCGCACUGUCGACGUCACUUUUGAUUCGUGUGGCUGAAAAAAAAAUCUCUGUGGCAUAAAUACAAUGCUGUUAGCCGGCUGCAUUGUGCCAUCUGCUAUGGACCUGUCCCAGCUCAUUUGCCUCGUGGAAAGUCUGCCUUGCUCGACUGUAAAGCUUAGUCACUGCGUUGAAUGACUGGGUGCUUCCUGGAGGGAUUCGUGCUCUCAUAAAUGCAAUGUACGACAGCUUGCCAGUCUAGCUGUUGAGUGAAACAGCCCGUUCAUUCUAGGCACCUUGCUGAAAGCACCACACAGGUCUCCUAUUAUUCAUUUAAUAACACAUAAAGCACAAAUCAAGUUCUAUGUUCACAUUGUAACAUCAAGCCCAGCUGCUAUGGUCUUGAUUUAGAGACUGGCAGUCUAUAUAUCAAGACCAUAGCGUUUACUAUAAACACUGCGAUGAGACUGGCAGUGCUCAGAAUAAGCGCUUUGUUUCCUCACAUUUACACCAUGUUUUUGAUGCUGCACAUUUAUAGUGCUCUGUUCACGAGGCACCUCAGUUAGGUGAUACACUUUUUGAGAUAUUUGUGUGCAACUAGCACUGGCCUUAUGGCAUCUACAAGCGCUGCAUUCUUUGCACAGUGUAAAGAACCUAUAACACGCUCACACAUAGUUGCUUGCACACGUGCUAUUGUUGGGAGGGUGGUCGUAUCUCUAGAAGAAUAACCAAGAAUACUGCCCAAAAGUGUGUGGUACUGUACUGAUUUCACUUUCUGAAAAGUGAAUGUGGCUGCCAUUUGCAUUUAUUUUUCAAUUGGCAUUACUGUAUGGAAUUAGCAGUGACAUCGUUGGUGGAUGCAUAAAUUUAUGUGCAGAAGAGUAACAUAGCUACUUGCACAUUUGUAUCCAUCUUAUGCUACAUUUAUUGCAGUGCUGUUACCCAGUUCUGUGAUAGCACAAGGGCAGUAAUUCCAGCUAGAUGAAAAUUCAUUAUUAUUUAAACAGUGCUUAAGCAACAGACAAACACAUAAGAUGACACAUGCGGCCUUUACAUAUCUCAUGGUAGGUGUUUGUCCAAUGUUUACGUACUGUUUAGACGGUCACUGAUGGCACUGACAUUUAUGCCGGAUCUAGGUAGGGCCAUAGUGAGCUUCAGCACUGGCCUGUCAACUUUCAGGGGCACUGCUGCACAAUUUGAAAAUGGUUGCUGGGUGUGCUUGCGGUCGAUGUUGGCAUCGAAAACGGUCAGCCAGGGCUCGAACAUGCAAUGCAGGUUGUGGCCGAAAAGGUCUGACACAACUGCUUGCAAUUCGAAAUAAUGGUGUGGAAAAACUAUUCCAGAAGUGGGCUUUGUACAGUAUUGCUUGUACUAUUAUUUCAUUGUUCAAAGCUUACAAGAACACUUUUGUUAAAUUUUUAGGCAUUUAUAACUCGACGCUUGAAUGCUUAAUAAAAGUUGUUUUCAAAAAAA